GCUUUGAAACACACCAACAAAUCACAAACACCUUGCUUUGGUUAUUGGCUAUAGCAAAAAAGAUACUUAAAAGGGAAGAAAUCAAAGUUUGGAUGGAGAAGCUCAGUUUUCAUGUGUUGUUUUGCUUAUUUUUCUGUGCCUUUCUUUUGGUUUCAAGGCCUAUAAUUUCUCAAGAAGUUGAAGAUCAGAAAGAAUUUGAUUAUGAUGAAGAAGGAGAGAAAGGACCUGCACAUUGGGGAGAUCUUAAACGAGAAUGGCAUAAUUGCAAGAUUGGACGAAUGCAAUCUCCUAUCGAUCUAUUCCAUAAGAGAGUUCGAAUCGUAUCUCAUUUUACCGACCUCAAAAUUGACUAUAAGUCUUCUAACGCAACUCUUAAAAAUCGAGGUCAUGAUAUUAUGUUAAAAUUGGGUGAUGGAGCUGGUUAUAUGGAAGUGAAUAGAACUCGAUAUUUUCUUAGACAAAUUCAUUGGCACUCACCUUCAGAACACACUAUCAACGGAAAAAAGUUUGCUUUGGAAGCUCAUUUGGUGCACCAAAGCCAAACUGGAGGUGUUGCAGUUAUUGGAGUUCUUUAUAACAUUGGACGGCCCGACUCUUUUUUAUCUAAAAUGAAGGAACAUUUGGAAGAAAUUUCAGAUACACAUGAAGAUAAAGUAUUCAAUGUGAUUGAUCCAUCUUUAUUGAAGAUGCGAAGUAGUUUAUAUUAUAGAUAUAUUGGGUCUCUAACAGUUCCACCAUGUUCUCAAAAUGUUCUUUGGACUAUUGUUAGGAAGGUUAGGACCGUCGCACCCGAACAAGUGAAGCUGUUGCGCGUGGCUGUUCAUGAUGACUCUGACACCAAUGCUAGGCCUUUGCAACCAAUCAAUCAUAGAAAGAUUCAACUUCGAAUCAAAUCAACCAUAUAUUGAGGAGAAUCGAUUCUACUUUUGUUUUCCAACACAGUUGAUGGUGGCUAUUAAACCAUAUUUUUAUUUUACUUGUUAUGAAAUUCAUAAUAUCUCAAUAAUAAAACAUUUUGAUUGUAUCAAAUAUUGGAUGUAUGAUUGAUUUGGGUAAUUAUGAUAUAUGAAUGUUUAUGGGUACACU